AUGGGUAACGCUCUUAGAUUUCUCUACGGAAAAUGCUGCAAACCCACGACGGACGACGAGUCUCUCCGACCUCAUGGUGUCUCCGCCGCAACCGCCGGUGUUCCAGCUCUCGCUCACGAUCUCUUCAACUUCGACAUCACUUCUCAGGUUCCUGAAGGGCUUGGGAGAUAUGUUGUGUCGUCAAGAAAAACUCAAGCAAACUGGUAUCAAAUACUUGAGGCAUGGAAGCAAGCUAAACCUCCACCACGUACGGCAGAGGAAGCUUCUAGGCUUGUUACUGAGAUCUUAAAGAGGCAUCACUAUCAGAAUGCAGAUGUUGAGGGACUUUUGUCUUUCUAUGGACUUCCUUUGCCUCACACUCUGGUUGACCUCUUUACUGAAGCUCCUUUGUCUUUGCCUGAAGGAGUUCUUUUCGAAUUUCAAACGCUUCCUGUGGAUCCAAGAGCUGUGGUAGAUGGAGACUCUAUCACAGUGUAUGUCAGUACUUCAGACCCGGUCGUGUCAUCUUCUGUUCCAAGGGAAGUAAAUGUUGCAGCGGUUCAAAGAGCAAAAGCACGAGAGAAGAAAGAUUAUAGAAAAGCAGAUGAGCUUCACCAGAAGAUCAUUGAUUCUGGUUACCGAGUGCUAAAUAUUCAAAGUGAGGAAGUGCUUGCUCGGAAGAUCAGAAUUAGACUAAGGGGAAUAGAUGCACCAGAGAGCCAAAUGCCUUUUGGGAAAGAGGCUCAAGAAGAGCUUCUUAAGAUUGUUCUUGAAGGUAUUAGUUUAUGGAGAAGAUCAGUACGGGCGAUGCGUAGGAGAUUUAUACUGCAAUGGGAUUUUUGUUCAGGAGGUAAUGCUAAAGAAAGUGUUGAACGUUCUUUUGAUGUGAAAAUCAGUGGGAAAAAGAGGCGAGAGAGAAGCGUAUUGGCUUGUGGGCUUCUUCAAAUCCAAAGAAACCAUGGGACUGGAGAAGAAACCGGCGUGUAA